CUCUCAUCCCGUCUUUCUUUCUGGGUUUUUUCUUUUUUUUUUUUGCCCCCUGAUUUUUUUGCCUCCACCCUGCAGUCACUUUUAUUUUCUUCCCCCUCCCACCAUCUGGUCCUGGUCCUCCCUCGCUCCCUCCUCUCUGCAGUGCUGAAGACGGCAGAGCGAUGAACCCUCUCAUGGCUCCUAACCUUCUCCUGUUUUCCUCAGAUCCCCCUCUACAGUCGGCGGACAGCCCCCCGUCGCCGUCGCAGUCCUCUCUGUUUCACGGGACCCCGUAUCCGCAGAGCGGGGGGGCUUCGGCGCUACGCAAUGACUUUGGCUCCAACAUCAGCGUUCUUAAGACUCUCAAUCUACGGUUCCGCUGCUUCUUGGCCAAAGUCCACGAGCUGGAGAGGAAGAACCGCUCGCUGGAGAGGGCGCUGGAGCGGGCAAAGGGGGUCAGGCCAUUGACCAGGGACCAGGCUGUCCAGACUGGCUUCGUAGGUCCAAUCUUACCUCCACCUUUACUGGGGCUCACCCGACCCACCCCUGCGCCACCUCCCCAGCCGUGGGUAUACGGCUCGCGCCGGUUGGGGUCCCGACCUGAUGUCGGAUCCGUGAGCGUCGGUAGUGGAGCUUACUGGGGUCAUGCGGACGGAGUCGGGGUUCAGGUCGACACCAUCACACCUGAAAUCCGCGCGCUCUACAAUGUUCUGGGGAAGGUGAAGAGGGAACGUGACGCCUACAAGCAAAGAUGGGAGGAAGAAUACACGGCCCGGGUCCAGCUGCAGCAGAGGGUGACUGAGCUGGAUGAGGAGGCUCAGGAAUCCGCUCUUUACCAGGAGGAACUGGCAAUGAAAGUGAAACAGCUGAAGGGGGAAUUGGUUGUCUUCAAAGGGUUAAUGAGCAAUAACCUGUCCGACCUGGACACAAAGAUCCAGGAGAAAGCCAUGCGAGUGGACAUGGACAUCUGCCGGCGGAUUGAUAUCACGGCCAAGCUGUGCGAUGUAGCGCAGCAACGGAGCUGUGAAGACGUGAUCAACAUGCUGCAGACAGUUCACCUCUCUCCUAUGAAGGUUUUGAGCAGGAAGAAGGAGCGCAAACCGGCAGCGGAUGAAGACUCAUCGGUGUGUGAGAGCGAGAGUGUGCGGGGAGGAGAGGAGGACGAGAGCACAGCACUGAGCAUCAACGAGGAGAUGCAGAAAAUGCUCAACCAGCUGAGGGAGUAUGAUUUUGAGGAUGACUGUGACAGUCUUGCUUGGGAAGAGACUGAAGAGACCCUUUUACUGUGGGAGGAUUUCUCCGGCUACACAAUGUCCGCUGUGGAGUCUCAAGGAGAGGCUCAGGACGACAGUCUGGAAGAGGUCAUAAAGGACACGGAAUCUCUUUUCAAAAACCGAGAGAAAGAAUAUCAAGAAACCAUCGACCAAAUUGAGCUGGAACUCGCCACCGCCAAGGACGACAUGACGCGUCACCUCCACGAGUACAUGGAAAUGUGCAGCAUGAAGCGGGGCUUAGAUGUGCAGAUGGAGACAUGCAGGAGACUAAUUAACCAAUCAGAAAACAGAUCUCCUCCUCCCAGCAGCGAAUCGAACUGCAACGAGGACCCCGACGACUCCGACCGGGAUCCCCCUUCCUCGGACAGCUCAGCAAGAUGAUAAAGGGCACCCCUGUGCCCCCCAAAACCACUGCCUCUGGAUCUGUCACACUGAGUGCGUAGCGGGGGGGGGGGACCUGCCCCUCCGAGACCAAACCGUACGGCGGUGUGACUGAUAUGCCGAAAAUAUAUAUAAGGCGCUAUGCUUUCAGAUGCCAGGUGUAUGGAGUAGGGUGCAGUACACGAAUGUAGUACGAAGCGUGCAUGUGUAUGUGUGUGUAUAUAUAUAUACUGUAUAUAUAGCCAUCGACACCGAGGGUACACAAUAUGCAGAUACUGUACAUAUAGGGGUACGAUGCUGUGUGGGCUGUAUGUAUAUAUAAAU